AUGGACACAAACAGUCAUUCUGAUGACUCUAGCAGGGGGAAAACGGAGCACCUCCUCCCCUGCAAAGGCAUGGGUGGGGCUGCCUUUUCCACGGUGCUCCCCCUGGUGCCCGUCCCGCUGAAGGAGGUGCGCUCCAGCCUGGAGAGCUCCCUGGGUGCUCCCAGAUUCCCCCAGCUGUCCUUCAUGCGCCCCAUGCCGUACCUGGUCCAGAAGGGGGCGGUGGGGCCUGAGGGGGCAGCAGACAGCAAGGCGACGGGAAGUCUGAUGGUGACUGUCCCCGCAGCCGGUGGAGAGGCCGAGAAGCAGGCCCCGGACCCCAGCCCGCUGCUCCCUGCAUUCGGCCCCCAGACCCUGGCCCUGCAGCAGCCCCUCGUCCAGCGCUUCAAGACCGCCACCCCAGCCGUCAGCUCAGAGGGCUGCGUCCCCCCCACCCACCAGCCCCCCGUGGGGGCCAUCAGCGUGCUCCCGCCCGGCCCCGCCUACGUGUCGCCACUGCAGCCCGCCUACCCGCCCAUCGAGCCUGUCAUGAGCUCCGCCCUGCCCCCCUCCCUGCCCCUCCCUGAAACCCACCCCAAGGCCCCGGGGCUGCCCCUGCCCUCCGGCCUGCCCCCCUCAUACAGCCUGCCUGCCCCCUCCACCGCCAUCCCCUCUGUGGGGGCACUGGGCGGCCCAGUUGCCAGUCAAGUACAGGCCAUGGUACCACCGGUGGUGCCCACACACACGCCGGGCCCUGCCCCAAGUCCAAGCCCCGCCCUCACCCACAGCACCGCGCAGAGUGACAGCACCUCCUACAUCAACAGCACCAGCUGUGGCAACUCGCAGCAGCAGCAGCAGCAGCAGCAGCAGCAGCAGCCAACCCCGUCGCAGCAGCCGGGCUGCGGAACCUGCGGUUGCCGCGGCAGCUGCGGGAGCGGCCACGCCCCCAACUACUACUUCCCGCCCCAGCUGCCCCGCCAAGUAUUCAGCGUCCCGCCCAUCUUCCACCUGACGUCGCUGUGCAGCAGCAGCUACCUCAGCCAGGCGCACCAGAGCAACGGGGCGGGGCAGCUGCCCUUCUUCCCCCACGGCCCCUCGGCCUACGCCAGCGCCCCGCCGCCCCUGCUGCACUCGCACUCGGACCACGUGCUGGGCAGCCAGGCGGGAUACGGACUGCAGCAGAUGGCAGCCUUCAACCGCUUCUUCCCGCCUGUGUACCCCUCGGUCAGCAUAAUGCCCGGAGGCGGCGGCAUGGCCGUGGGCAUGAAGAAGAACGGCAACAUAUCCUGCUACAACUGUGGGGUCAGUGGGCACUUCGCCCAGGACUGCAAACAGCCUUCCAUUGACGCAGCACAGAAAGGUGGCUUUCGGCUGAAGUAUGUUACCCCUCACUCUUCUGAAGCGCUUGACAAUGCUGACUGAAGGGACAGAAGACCACUGCAGCGUUCUCUUGUUCUGCAAAACAAUUACAUUUCCAGAGACCUUUGUAUUUUCAGAGGGCUUUUUUUCCCCCGUGUCCUUUUUCACUAUUUUGUUGUUUGUUUUACAUUUUAAAAUGUGCUUGAGGGUCUGGCGAACCUGAAUAAUUGUGCCUGAUACUUCCCCAGUCGUAGUUGAGGGAGAAUCUCUCGUCUCCACUGAGGUGUUUUGCUGUGGCCUCUGGUAUUUUUUGCACUGAACACUGGCGAGAGACACCGCCUCAUGUUUACUAACUUAUUUCUUAAAAUGUAAAAAAAAAAAAAAAAAAAGAAGAUAGAUAGAAAUAAACAAAUAAUAAAACACCAGUAUGAGUAUGGAGUAUAGAGUAUGGAAGCUAGGUAAUUAUUUUAUCUUGGAUAUAAGGGGGGUUUAAAUGGGAUUUAUUAUAGACUCUCCAAUGCCUUUUUUACACUAAAGAAUAUUUAUGCUUCCUUCUUAUUUUGGUUUCAUUUUUUGUCGUACAGCAAGGAAAAUAAAUGCAAACAAAAACAUUAAAAAUGUAAUGCUGAGAUUUUUUUUUUUUUUUUUUCUGGCACAGUGUUUUGAAUGUACAAUGUAUUAUUUUGAUUUCAUAAACUUAUGGAAUUCGGCAGUAUCUUUCUAUUUUGAAAAAGGUUAAUCCAGAAGCAUUUGCCACUUGAUACAAUGAGAAAUGCGUGCUAAGACACUAUUAAUCAUCAUGUCUGUCAUGUCAUUAAGUUAAACGCUGCUGUAUUUUAUUUUUAUUUGGCAACAUGCACUAUAGCAACCAGGAGUUCUGAAGUCCCUAAGUGCACUGAGGCAGAAUGGACAGAGCGGGAGACACAUUGACAUUCUGUUGCGGUCUAAUCAGUAUUUUGGAAAUGAUGCACUGCAGGUUUUGGCCACCAGGUGGUGCCAAUUUGAGCCGCUGCUUAGCUCGCAGCCAGUGGAGAUGCCAAGGGAUUAGCAGAAGGCAUUCAGUAGCUCCUUGAGGUAGAUCUCUGUCUAUAAGCAUUUUGACCUGCCUGUACUAGCCAUGAUGGAAGAAACUUUCAUGGAGAAUUUUUCUUUGGUUUAUGCAGCAUUGAUAUUUGACUUCAUUAUGCGUGUUUGUGUACAUAUGUACAUGCACAAAUGGUGGAAACUCUCAGCCAAUGCAUGAUAUUCAACCAAAUUUGAAACAAAAUCGAAACAUGAAUGAGAUAAUAACAUUGAACCUUGGGUUUUCUAUUGUUCAGUUGAAGAUGAUGGGGUUUGCAAGCCCUUUUUUCUGCCAAGUCCUUUCGGAAUAAAUGGUUUUGAUUCAUAUGUCAUGGGUGGGUAUGUGCAAUGUAAACACAUACAUGUUAAACACUCAUGAGUGUACACGGAUAUAAAAAUGUAUUUUUUUUUUAUUGGUUGCUUUAAGUUUAAAUGUUGAAGAGUGGUUUUAAUCUAAGCGCUUUCAACUGCUGAAGUAGUAUGAAUCCUUUCUGCUUGUAUUGAAGAAAGUAGAGAGGUCUUUGUAUUGGUGUAUAUGAAAAACUAGAGCAGCAGAAUUAAUUUAGGUAAAUCGGAAAACAAGAUUGGAAAAAAAAAAGUUGGUGGAGAACAAUGUGAUCCUUUAUGCCUGUUGUAUAUAUGAACCUGCCAGUUGUAUUUGUUUUUAAGGUUGAAAAAACUGUACUGUAUAUACAGGGGGUAUAUUUUUACCUUCCAUUGUAUGUUUACUGUAUUCUUUGAUAUCUAAA